AGGAAAACGAAAGUAAAAGGAAUCAGAAAUUAGGGGUGUGAGAGCUUGUUUUAGGGUUUAGUAACAGAGAGAGAGAGAUGGCCAAGUUCAAUGUGAUCCAGAAGAAGAAGAGAGCUCAAACUGCAGAGAGGAAGAGAGUGAUUCAUGGAGAUCCAUCUAGUCGGAAGCUGAAGGUGAAACCUCAGAACCAAAGUGUCUCCGGCAAGCGCAAACGCAAGCUCUUGAAAAAAUGGCGCCGAGACCAGAAGGAAGCCGCCGAAAAAGGCCUUUUGACUAUGCAAGAUGUUGAAAUGGCUGCUGCUGAUGGAGAAGAAUCAUCGAAAAGUGGUGAUAAAAGUUCAACCAAGUUUCCGAUGAAGAGGGCUUUGAAACUUAAACAACAGCUCAAGCACAAAGGCAAAGGUAAGAACAACAAGAAAUCAGGGAAAGCAGCUUCUGAAGCUCCUCAAGCAUCAGCAGAUGCCAUGGUUGAAUAGUUGAUCAAAAUUCCCAUUACAGUUUAACUUCUUUAUGUAAAAUCAUUCUCCCUUUACUGGAAUUUUUUUUUGUGAGGAAGUUAAUGAAAAAUCAAGUCAGUAUAAUUUUUCAGUGA